UAACACACACAUGCGAAUAUCUCGUGUUAUUGGUGGGUAAAUUUAGCUCAAGUUGCAGGCAUCAGCUCAGUAACCGAACACAUAGAGCACGGUCAUUGCUCUCCUCCGUCUCCCCUCAUCGGUGAACUUGGGUUGUGGCUAUUGGGUACACAAUGUACCACCAUGCUUUUGAUGUAAAACAACUGCGCAAGAGACGAAUAGAAACAGGGGGGCGAAGAGAAGAAGAAGGGGGGACGUGAGUAUCGUGUGGUGUUGCACAAUGUUCAUCUUCAUGGGUCCCGUGGACACGCAACAUCCCCCCAUUUAUCGUUUCAGCUCGUUGCACACACUUGUAAAUUAGCUGCUCCUUUUCAUGCGAUGCGUCCUCUUUGCAGCUCGGCCCGCCCCAUGGUACCAACACCUUAUUACUCUCUCGAGUUAAGUGAGAUGAUAGAAGAGCAUUAAAUAAGACUGAAAAACACGUUUCCUCAUAAGCUGAACAUUAAUUAUUGACAAAACUUCUCCCAUUUGCAUCUACUACUCUGAAAGUUCAAAUGGAUAAGAAAAAGCAAAAGACAACAGAGGACAGGAAGAAGAUGAGAAAACCCAAAGAGGCUGAACCAGAAGCAUCCUCAAAGAGUGUUACCAGUGAAGUUAAGCAGCAGCAGCAGACUAGUCUGGGGGAGUUAACAGAUACAAAGUCCGACCAGUCAGAUGGAAAUUUAAGAAUGAAAAUAGGGGUUGGAGCGAAACGGACAAAGAAGCCCCCAAAGAGCCUUGAGAACUUCAUAUGCAGGCCCACAAUCAGAAUCUCUCAGAGGCUUGCACAUGGAGAUGGAAAUAGUUCAUGUGGAGGUGAAGUCUCCAGUCCUGAUAUCAGAGUGGCCAAGCAGUCUCAUCGUGAGAUUCAGAAAAAAGAUAGGAACGAUUGCAUUUCUCCAAAAGCAUCUACAAGGCCGUGUGUCCCACUUCCCACAUCAUCCAAAAAAGCUGACUCUAAAUCAGUCAUUACAGCCUCUAAAAAGGCUCCAUCAAAACACAUGAGGAAGACUGACUCAAAGUCAUUAUUAACAUCAGAUGGACCUUCGUAUGCAGUUCUGCCACAGACUGAUAGCAAAGUACCACUUUCAGAUAAGAUAACCUCCUCUACAUUGCUGAAGCAGACAUAUUCACCUCCAGCUGCCCCUUCUCCGCCUUCCUCUUUACAACAGAACUCCAGUCUACAAGACAGCACCCAAGUUUUAAAUGCUCAAAAAGAGAAGGGUGAAAAUCUCCCGACUGGAGAACCAAUGAUCUCCUCCCUCAGUUCACAUGGUUCAAAUGAUAGUUCUUCCAGUAUUGAAAAUGACAGUGAAAGCACGUCAUAUCCAAUAUCAUGUAGUGAGAAUUUAGGAAAGCGAAGUCCCUGCCCUACAAAAAAGAGUAGAAUCAAGGAAAGUAAUGUUGACAAGGUUUUAAACGCAGCAGAGAAAGAAGAUGGAGAACCUUCAUGUUCCAAAAACACGAGUAACACCAUAACUAACAGUAGGAGUAAGGAAAAUGGUUUAUUGAAUCAAAGUCCCUCUGUCGAGACACCAUUUCUCCUUACUGCUUCAGAUAAAUCUGCUGAAUCAGCAAAUCCUGAGAACAGCACUUGUAUGCCAGAGUUACUGGAGAGCAGAGGAAGUAAUAAGUAUAAUGAAAGUGAAGUCAUAGAUGACUCCAGAAAGAUGGAACCUUCCCAAGCUGUUGCUGUCCAGCCAAAAGAUGGCAGCAGGGUGGGGCAAAUCAUUGACAAGAAAAAGAAAAGAGCCAGGCUUAGUUCAAACCAAGACGAAGAUGUGCAGUGUUCCUCUCAACCCUCUGGGUGUGCAGAUUCUCAGUUUAACAGUUGCUUUCCAAGUGAUGAGCCACCUUUACAUCCAAAACAAAACCUCAUGUCACAGAAGAAACAAAAAGCUGUUCAGGUGACAAAGAUGGAAAAUCCAGACGAGAAGAUGGAUCUGGCUGCCUGUAAAAAGAUACCACAAAAAUCAAACCUUAAAAAAAAUCCUUCCAUUAAGUCAUCAAAGGUGUUGUCAUUGCAAUCAAGACAAGCUGGACAACCUCCUAAAUCUAAAAAACUACGAAAUGUAUCACCUAGAUCGGAAACCUUUUCCUCUGAGCCCCCUCCCAAGAAAAGGGGUCGUCCAAAGAUGACCAAGUUGGGGGAGAUUCCUCAGGAAAGUAAGUCUCAAAAGUCCUCUACUAAAUUCCCCAUACUUGAAGAUGCAGAUAUCCCUGAUCCAGAGAAUGGCCUGAAACUCCCAAAGCCAACCCCCAAAACACUAGGUCAUCCCAAAUCUUCCUCCUUUGUCCAAAAAAAGAGAUGUAAAUCACUCGACUCAGCAUCUGGGAAGAAGCAUGCUCCAGGAAAACUCAAACCCUCUUUGUCUAAAGCUAGAGAUGCUCAAAUCAGCCGCAAACAAAAUAGGCUGAUAAUGAAGACAAUUAUCACAAAUAUCAAUAAAAUGAGAGUGAAGAAGAAGGAUAAAGUACUCACACAGUUUCUUUCAGGGCAAAGCCAAAGUUACAAUUCUGAUUUUGUUCAGAAAGACAAUGAAGGUGAUGCAGAUUGUUCGGUUUCAGAUGAAACGCACACUUUAUCCUCACUUGUUACCUCUUUUAGGGGAAAAUUUGGUCCACAAAUAAAUAUCAGCAAACGUGGUACUGUCUACAUAGGAAAAAGGAGAGGUCGUAAACCUAAAACUCAAAGAGAAACUUCUGGCCAAGACUCUGAACAAGUUCUCGGUCAAAAGUCUCAGCAAGUCUUGGCAGAAUCUUCUGAUCAGUUGAACUCUUGGUCCACCUCUGAUGAACAUAGCCAUUCACUUGAGGGCCAGUCUGCUUUGUGCAGCUCUCCUUUUAAACAUCUUGUGUCCCCUUCACCCACUACGUCCCCGUCUUUUCGAAGAAAGGUUCAUCUUGGCAACCGUGAAUAUAAUCAACGUUCUGCUCCAAAGGUAACCAGUUGCCAAAGGGUUAAAGCAGUGCACGAAGAGAAAUCAAAACUUCCUUCCUCCUCGCAGUCUUCACCAUGCCCUUCAGCCACAUCCCAGUUAGGCUCUGUAAGGAUUGAUGACCACAGAACUACACACCUUGGACAAUCAGGAUUAAUGGAGCAAGAAAGACUCAAAUACAAGUGCCAUAGAAAAGGUCAUAAUUGCUUUAGCCAUGAUAAGAUUAGGAGACAUAAACACAUAUGUAAGAAAAAGUAUCUUCAACUCAGGGCCAAAAGGCAAGACCCGGCCUUUCUGGCAGAGAUUGAGGAAUUAGUGGUCAGACUUAGUGAGAUUCGUAUUGUGCAUCAUAUCUCAUCACGAGGGUGUGGGGAUGAAGCAAAUUCUGGAAGGAAGAGUGGGAAAGGAAAAGCUCAUCCUCACGUUCUUCAGUGUCUACCACAAAACCUUCAUCAUCCAGCUAUGUUUCAAAUCAACUUCAGUGGUUACUACUCACCUCAGUCAGACUUUUCUCGUGACUCUCUGCAUUAUGUUGGACUGGCAGAUUUUAAGAGGAACAAUGGGUGUCCCUCACAACCAAGUGAACAUAUUGUCACAAAUUGCCCAGUAGUGCACAAACUUGGCUUACCACUGUCGGGAGGUGGUUGUUACCACUCGCCAUACAAAAUGCCACUUUCUACCACUUCAUUUGGUUUUGGACUUUAUAGAGGAUACCCUCCAUCUGCAACUAUAUACCCUUCGUCACCCUUUUUACCUUCUUAUGUGCACCCCUACUCCAAAAAUCCCAUUUUAAGCCCAUCAAAGUUCCAUAAAAGGAAGCACAAGUUUCUGAGAAGUGACUCUCUACUUUGUGGCGGAAAGCCACAGGGGAACUACGCUAAUGUAACAUCUCAUUCCCCUGACUGGUUCAGUAGAAAUAGCUGGCAACGAGAAGACAACAGAGAGCAGGCUAGAGAUAAAAGGUUUGUGGAUGAUAGACUUAGAGAAAGAGAUGGAAAAGAGGGUUUACUAGGACAAAGUAAGCCCAGAAAAUACCAUUUCAGAAGGGGUCCACCCUCAAAUUCCCCCUGCUCUUCCUCAACACCCUCAAAACAAGCAGACAAACACAAAACUUCACCACUUUCAUAUAUAGGACUUGCACAUCUGAGACCGCUAUCAAAAGUUAGGUGGGCAGAGCAUCAGCAGCCAUGGAGGUGGAGAGAGAGCACACAGGUAGAGCCGAGGAACAGGGUUUUAAACCAAGAAGCUGGUUCAAGGUACCAGGAGGAUGAUGAUGAAGGGGAUGAAGACCUGCCAUCACCUCCCCUAGCAGACAGAGCCAUCCACCAUCACAGUUUCCUGAGGAACCCUAACCUUGCUAGUAGUGCGUACAGUCACAUGACAGCUCAAAAAACUGUUGGUGAAGUUCAGUCUGCUUCAAGGAACUUAAUGAGACCUGGAGGCUCAUUGAUGAAGGAUUGCUCACCUGGAGGCAUUAGAACAUCAGAGAGUUUCCAGCCUGGUGGUUCACUCUUCUCUGAGCACUAUCCGCAUGCCAGUCCCUCUCUUAAUGAAGGACAAGAGAGAGGAGGAAAAGAAAAAAGACCCAACAUCAGCAGAACACACUUUCAGACCAACGAUAUCAGGCCUUUUUCCUCUUGUACUGCCACCAAAGUCAGUUUUUCUCAUUUAAAUAAAACCAAAAAUACAACGCCAAACAAGAGUAAACUGAAACAUGUCAAAAAGCCUCUCAAGAAAAAGAAUCCCAAAGGUCAAGAGGUCACAGGAAGUGAGGUGAAGAGGAGAGGACGAGGUCGACCAAGGAAAAACCCUGCACCGUGCUUUUCUCCACCUUUACCUGCCACACCUUUACAUCAUGAAACCACAGAGUGUCCUGCGAAACGCAAAAAAGGAGAUGACUAUACAGAACUCAAUGCGACUGAGUCCAUGGCUCAACAUGAGAAAAGGAAAAGAAAGAAAAGAAGAGAUGAAACAAGGAGCAAUGAUGGGCAGGUAGAUGAAGGAAAAGACUCCGGUCUAAGCCAAAAGCCCUCACAAUCGCACAUCGACACAUCCUCACCUUCCCAGGAGCCAUCAGUGUCUGUAAACAGCCAAUCGGAGAAGAGGUCUGACGUGGCAACUGAAAAGAAAUAUGAGUGGGCGGGAUUUUACUCGGAUGUGUAUAAAAGCGAGAACCUCUCGAGUCUGUCCUCUCCAGUACACACAGAAUGCCUUGACUAUGAUCCUGAAGAACAUGAGCAUGGUCUACUUCCUGCACCUAUACACGUAGGAAAGUAUCUGAGGCUGAAACGGAUCGACUUUCAGUUGCCCUAUGACAUAUAUCGACUCUGUGCUCAGGAAAAGCGUCCUAAAAAGUCACGAAAGACCCCUCGCAAGAUGGCCUCAUCCAAUGGAUCUGUUGAUGUAAUGUCUCGCACUCAGACCGAAGACGGCUCCUAUAAACAUCAGAAGCUCAGUGUGACUCAUGACUGCGUUUCUGACAGCCUUAAUUGCACUAGACUGAAUAACACAGAAGAGGUUGGAAAAGAAAUGAGUGAAACAGACAUUGAUAAUAAUCUUCCCGAUCAACCUGACCCUCCCAAACAGCAGGAGAAAGGCAGUGAUGCUGAAAAUAUCCCCUCCCCUCUCCUGAUGAUGCCCUUGUCUUGUGAGGAGAGGAGCUUCGUCUUAGAACAUGGCGUUUUUCUGGUGAGAAACUAUGAGAAAAUGCGAGACAGACAGGCAUUGCUCCUGAGGGAGGAGGUGACAGAGCGAGAGGAAGAAAACAAAGAAGAUAGAGGGAGGAGCCAGAAGGGGGAUCAGAAAGGGGAUCUUGAAGACACCAUCACUAAGUCAGACCAGCGCCUGACUCACUCGAGUCCACAGUCAGAAAACAGAGAGAGAGACGAGGAUGGGAGAAGUGUACAGAGCAGAAGCCUCAUGCAGACACUCCAGGGGAUCUAUGACAUCAUUGUCAGUCACAAGGGGUCAUCUGGACAAACCCUCGCCGCUCCUCUGCUGAACCUGUGCUCCAGAAAGAGAUCAGACUCGGCUCCUGUGGAUCUCAGUACGUUACAGAGGCAGCUCCUCUCAGGCCACUAUGAGAGUCUGGACACCUUUCACUCAGACAUGCUGAAGGUGUUCCACUGCGCCGAGAAAUACUACGGUUGUGAGUCACCAGUGGGUCGUAAUGUGAGGCAGCUGAGGGAAGUGUACCACAGUGCUCAUCAGGAGGCCUUAAUUCAGAUCGUCAGUUUCCUGUGAGUGACAAAAUACCACAUCAGCAACCUCUAUCAGGGAAGUUGCUGUGGCCAAACCCAGAGGCAUGAUGGGCCUUCCAGAAGGCAGCUAAUGCUCUCCAAUACCAAAGACCUGCUGUAUGUUGCUCUCACAGAUGCACAGGUAAAAGUUUUGCCAUUCACACACAACUGU